GUGGGGAGAAGCAGGGAGGAGGCGCCGGCGGCAUUGACCGAGUCGCAGCUGGGAAGAGCGCAGGGCCCCUCUAUCGCCUGGGGAUGCUGAGACAGCAGAGUGCCUGGUUCCCAAGGGGCUGGUGAGCUCGGCAAAGCAACUCCGCCUGCCUGCCAUGCUCUGGAGUCAUUGACUUCUGGGCCGUCCGGUAUCUCUUGAUGGAUAUAAACAGCCUCCAGAAAGGCAAGAGGCGUCGACGGCGUGGCAUGCGGACCAGGAGCCAGAGUCUCUUCCCUGAGUAGGAGGCCCUGUCGUUGCAACCCAGCCGGGAUUCAAGGGGAACUCCUUUGCUCGCCUCUGUGUUGCAUAAGAAAUUGCUGCUCCAUUCCGGUCUCCUCCCAGUGCCAUAGAGAAGCAUUUGUUGCCCAGCACGUUCCUCCAUCGGGCCAUUCCUUGCUUCCCUGGAUCCUGGUCUGUUGCCGUCUUCUGCCGGUGCCAUGGCGGGCAGCACCGGCCCCCUCCUUCUUUGGGCCCAGGACGUGGCCACGCUGCUGAUCCUCCGGGUCCGCCGCACCGUCCUGCAGACGGCCAUUUUGCUUUGUGUCUUACUGCUGCUCCUCUGGGUCUCCAUCUUCCUCUACGGCAGCUUCUACUACUCCUAUAUGCCAACGGUCAGCUACGUCAGCCCCGUACACUACCAGUUCAGGUCAGAUUGUAGUGCGUCUGGACCAGAACUGUGCUCUUUUCCUGUCGCCAAUGUGUCCUUCCUCAGGAAUAGCCGUGACCGGGUCCUCAUGUACGGCCAGCCGUAUCGUAUUUCUGUGGAGCUGGAGCUGCCGGAGUCUCCCGUCAACCAAAACCUGGGGAUGUUCAUGGUGGUCAUAUCCUGCUACACCAAAGGCGGCCACAUCAUCUCCUCAUCAGCCAGAUCCGCUAUGCUGCACUAUCGUUCAGACCUACUGCAGGUCAUGGACACCAUGACUUUUGCCGGCCUCUUCUUGUCGGGUUUUUCAGAACAGAAGCAAACCGUGGAGGUCGAAUUGUUUUCAGACUACAAGGAGGACUCGGUGAGGCCGGCACCCCUCAGUAUUCUAAAAGCACAACAUGAAAGACUGGACCACUGCAGAACUGUAACUUCUCUUCCUUUCUGGUCUCUCCCUCACAGGUACCUGCUCUACAACUUCCCAGUCACCUCCGCCAUCUUGGGUGUGACCAGCAACUUUGUUUUCCUCAGCGUCCUUGUCCUUUUCAGCUAUCUGCAGUGGAUCUGGGGCAGUGUGUGGCCCCGAGACUCACUUUCUGUUCAGGUAUCUGGAGACGAAGGAUCUGGAGGGCAGCGAGAAGACAUACGCAGGCGGGUUGUGAUCCCCAAAGCAGGCCUUGAGGAGGCAGAGGACGUUCCCUCGGCACAGCCUGAAGACGUAGGGGCUGCUGAAGGCACAGAGCUGUCUGGAGCAGUCGCUAUGAUGCAGGCCAAGAAGUGCAAACCUGGAGAACCUGAUUCUGGAUCAGAAGCCAGCUUAGAGACAGAUUUUGAGUCUGUGGACAAUUCGUCGCUGCUCACAGAGGCCAACUUCCCAGCUGCUUCCCAGGAGAGGGAUCCCUCAAGCCUGCUGCCGUCAGAAGGAAGGGCCCCUUCGCCGGGGGCAGAAAUCCGCCAGAGAACUGUUUGCUCCAGUUCCUGAGAGGUCCUGGUUGCUCAACCUCCCUCCCCUUGGUAUUUGCACUUCUAAUAGCAUACGCCCUGCACAGGCCUUGCUUGCCCCAGGGAAGCUGCGGCUCCCAGCUUGUGUUUACAUUCCAGCCGUUUUUUUCCCUUAAUGCCCGGAGACACUGUAACUUAAUAAAAUUUAUCUGCUAACGGUUAA